GUUGCGUCUGGUGGUGGAGGGAGAGAGUGAGCGGGGCUGCCCUGGAUGGAUUGACAUUAGGAGGGAUUUACGUUUUAAACGGGUGUCGUGCUCCGCAAAUACUACACGGUGCACGCUGAAAAACAACUAUUCCGCUCAGUGUGUGUGCGUGUGUGUCCACGUCGGUGCUUUGAUCAUGUGUCACCGUCGAGAGAGGAUUGAACUUGCCAGCAGUCUAUAUUUGCCGAGGAGGGAAACCAAUACAAGGUCUCGCUGUCUCGCUGGAGCGGAGUAUUAUUAGCAGUUCAGACAGUGCAACUGUCGCUCUCUGGUAUGUAAAGCAUUUCAGCCGUAAACGAGUAAAUAAAACCUCACGGGCGACGAAACGACCCACAUCCACACGGCGCGAUGGACGACAGCGGUCAAGUGCAAAGAUAAUAAUAAACAGCGGCGCUGAAGGCGUUUUUACACGGUAAUAAAGCGCUCUUCCGCCAGGCACAGAGACGAAAACAGGAUCCGACCUCCGGCUCCAGCCCACCCCUCAACGCGCCUGCCCUUUAAACUGUUUGAGCCGUCUUAGUCACUCCUAAAUGUCUUGUGAUUUUAUAUUUGUUAUUGAAAUAUGAUAUUGUGUAUAAGUGCAUUGGAUUUUCGUUUUCCACGUCAAUCUUCCAAGUGGAUCUUUCAGGCGGGGCAAAAGUGUCAUUUCCAGCAGACAAAAUCAUGCACUGCAAAUACACGAUAAUGACAGCAUCAUAAUUUUUAGUUUAAGAGUAAAACGCAGAAGAGGAAGGUUUUUAAAAAAUAAAUUAAAUUGUGCGGUGCAAAAGAUAAACAUUCACCUGGCUCCCAUGCUGGCUACAAGUAAUCCUCCCCUCCACACGCUCAGCCAUGCCUGCUACUACCAAACGCACCAGGAGACAGACACCUGCUCAGAGAAAAAAUGUCCAGAAGGUGAUAAGUACCAAGAGGCAAACCUGUAACUCAAACAAACCCAAGGGAAAAGCCACAGAGAAGCCCCAGAAAACACCUGCAGAACCCAAAAGGUCAACAGCCAAGGCCCAGGAGCCGUCGGGCCGAAGCCACCGUGGAAGAGCGGUUAGUGGGCCAGCAAGUCAGGGCCCUGGGAGGUCGGCUGGCAGAGUUAACCGUACUGUAAACGUAACAGGAUCUGCAAGGCUUAGACGGCCGAGCAAUCUGCCUGACCACUGUGGCGAGUUACAAGACCCCCUAGGGCGAAGGAAGUCCCUGCGUGGCACCCUGGUGUCUGUUAAUCCCUGCCAGCCUCCUAGACCUUGCAGAGGGGGGAGAAACAACAGAGGGGUCGCAGGGAAACGAGCUGCAUCCCAACAAGGAAACACAAGAAACAAGCUUUCAAGCACCAGCACCAACGAUAACGAUUCAACUCUUGAUGAGGAAAAUGAGAAUCUGGACACCUGUGAUGCAGAAGAAAUACUUCCAGUCUCUCUAAAGACUGAUUUUGAAGUCCCUUUGAGAAUCACAGAUCAUGGUCUGGGAGACAACAAUGCUAAAGAGGGAAGCCCUCUCAAAGCGGAUUCGCCACCGUGUAACGACGUACUGGAAGACUGUGUGCAGUGCAGCUGUGACAGUUCUAUAACCCAGCAAGACAAAAACACUCUCAAUCAUGACAGUGAAGGUGACCUGAGGUGUGUGACUGGGGUGUGUGAUGAUGCUGAUGGACAGCUCAAACUCUGCGGUGACAGAAGUAAAGAUAGUCCCUCUGUGCUGAAGAGUAUUGGCUCACCAGGGGUGCGGGCCGGCUGUGAGGUGAAUGGCAGUUCAUCUAUCCUUGAAAAUAAGCGCGAUCAUGCCAGUGAUGGUAAGCAAGAUGAUGUGUUUACUGUCCAUCAAGAGGAAGAUAACGUGUUGGGUUUAAAAGAAAAUAGGACGGAUAAAAGAGGGAUAGUUGCCACUGAGAGAAAAGAAAAGAAAAAUCAUGAGAGAGAAGAGAGUUUGGAGGAAGAGAAACCUGUUGAGAGACAAAAGGAGACUGUGGAAGAGAUGGAGGAGAUUGCUGAGGAGCUGGGUAAUUGUAAGAGAGGGGAAAACAAACAGGAGACUGAUGUUUCCAUCAAUCCUGCUGACUCCAGACCCAGCACUCCAGUCUCCCAACCUCCUGAUCCACCUCACUCUAACAAUGGACUGACAGCACAGUCAGAGUCACCUGUAUGUGAGCUAUUUGUCUCCAACGCAGCUACCUCAAAUCCCACCAAAGCCCCCUCCACCUCAGAGGCACCUGAGCCAGAGUUUCUAAACCAGGGUAAGACGGACAUGCAACCAACCAUUCAUGGUGCUAAAAUUCAAUCCACAGGGUCCUCAGUUGUCGCUGAAACUGCCCUGAUGGUCCAGACUGUUCUAGUAAAAAGAAACACGCCGGUUAUUAUCCGUAGUGACUCCUUCAAACCCAGGUUCUUGAAGGAUUCAAGCCAUGGGGAACCGCACCAACUGCAAAGCCCAACGAUCCAUUCUCCUCUGGAAGAGGAACAAGCUUGCACACCAGCAGAGACGCAGACCAAAGAUAGUGAAUCUGAUCGAGAGACGUUCGAGCACCACAGCCAGAAAGACAAACCGUCGCCGUCAGUGUCACCCGUUCCUCACCUGAGCUCAGAUGCCCUUACAGCUGAGUGUCAACCAAACCUCAGCAAGGAUGGCGAACCGGACCCAGUGCCGAAGAUCUCGACUCCUUCUCUGGACAGCAGCUUCACCUUCUCCUGCAGCUCAGAAAGCACACGCUCCUCUUUUUCUUUUGACACUGAAUCAGAGACAGGGUACGGGGAGUCGAGUCCCUCUCUUCUACCUGGAUCCUGGGGGCCAGAAGGGGCCUGCUUUCCCUCCUGGACCGCUCUGAAAGCACAGAAGAAGGAGAAGAAGAAGCGGAGCAGGUGUGGGACGUGUGAGCCAUGCCAGAGGAAGAUCAGCUGUGGCCAGUGCAGUUGCUGCCUCAAUCGCAGCACCGGCCACCAGAUCUGUAAGCUGAGAAAGUGCGUGGAACUGAGGAGGAGAAGAACGUCAUCUCUGCUCACUCUCUCUGCUGCAAAGGUGGUUCCCGAAAGUGGGUCGGUAAAUGGCAAAGGCAAGGUGCAAAUGGAUGACACCCACACGGCAGCGGAGGAAGAUGAGGGGGAGGAAGGCCACAUACCUCAUGAAGAAGCUCCCCCGAUUACCCACUCGCUCACCCAGAACCUGGCCUCGGACCAAGGCGGACGGCCGGCACUUGUUAAAAGAGAGCCCGGGCUGGAGCUGACCAGCAUUGCACUUCAUCAACACGUAUGCUCUUCUGUGACUUUUCAGAACGGUUCUGCUGAGAACCUGGUAAAACCUAACGGUGCUAAUAUGACCACUGGGCCACACUCUGAUCUGAAGUCUGCAUAUAAAAGGACAACGAUUGCAUCUGAGCCUCAAAGGACUAUAAUCGCUGCAACCCCUAAAGACUGCCCCGAGAAUGGCCCCAAGUCUCCGCCAGACGACAUGUCAGUUCCACUGAAGAAGAUCAAAAUGGAGGAGCCGUGGAUGUGGAUAACUGAACAGGCCACCAAACAGCUGAGUGAUGAAGAUGAGGUCUGCGAAGACCCGUUGUCCACGCUGGCGGCCGUGGUGUGUCUCUCCGUCACAGAGAGGAAGGGACUGGAGGAGAAACUUUUCAGCUCAAGUUCUUCCAUUCUGUGCUCCAUCAAAUCAGAGCCACCGGAUUUGCACUUUGUCAAAAAAGAGCCGGAGGACAUAAAGAAUGACUUGUGUCAGAAAAGCACUCCUGUUAGCCUGCAAAGGAUUCCCCAGCCUAUCAAAAAUGAACCUCAACCCAGUGUUUUGCAACAAAGCGUGCAGUCCUUGGCAGAGAGAAGAAAUCUUAGCUUUGAUCAGGCUAUUGCUAUUGAGGCAUUGACUCAACUGGCAGCUAUACCUCAAAGCACCCCAGGGUCCAUUAAAGUUGAAAGUAAGUGUGAACAUCCCUUUUCUGCUGCUGCCCUAUUUCAAACUUCCAAUGCAAAUACAAGCCUGCAAGAAGCCAAACCCACAGCAGCCAUCCGCUACAACAAAGUGUCGGUCAUCAGCUCGCGACUCCACCAAACUUCAGUCAUACGCCCCCCCGUGGCCAGACAAGGGAAUGUCAUCCAGCGCUCCCACGGGGCAGGCUCCAACACAAAGCUGUCUCUGCAGGACCUCUUAGAAGCCAGCUCAAACAGUGAUAAAGCACCCUGCAGGAGAACAGAGCCGGGCUUAAGUUCUCAUGUCAUCAAGUCGGAAUGCAGCUAUAAAUAUCCCAGUGAUAUGAAGUUCAGUAAAGAUCACGAGCGCUUGUUUGGGGAGGACAGAGACAGGGUUGUUGGUAAAGCGAGGAGAAACAGAGAGGAGGAGGAGGUGGCAGCUCAGUUGGCAGACCUUGCCUUCAUCAUCCAGUCUCGACACAGCCAACAGUCAGAGAACAACCCUCCGAAAGGAACACCUGUGUCCGCCAUCAAAUACAACUACAACUCCAAGCUACCCCCCAUUCAGAAAAAGCCCCCCGUGAAAAAAACAAAAGCUACGCCCUCCAAGCCCAGAAAGAAGAAAAGUGAUGGACCUAAUGAUGGAUCCAACUGCAGGACCCCCUUCUCAAAACGCAUGCCGAGUGGAGAGACGGCCAACAGGAGCAGAGGCCAGAAGAUUCAACCGCAGGGGAAAACAGGCCUCCACCACAAGAGGAACCUGUUUCUGCCUCAAGCUCAAAUUGACCUGAAGAGAUACUUGGCUGAGGCUCAGGAGGAGAGGAGGCAACUCUUCCAUCACAGUAACGCACACAGUGCCGCCCUCUUAGGGCCGCAGACUCAGAACUACAACACUUUCACAAGGAUCAACCACCCUCUCGGUCAAGAACACCACCCACGGUCCCUUUCAAAUGGUCCACUCCACCAACACCAUCCGUGCAAUGGUCAUGCUGCAGGACCGGGGCAGGAGUGUGAAAGGCAUUUGUUACCUCAGGUAGCGCAGCCCUGUGGUGGGCUGCAUCACGGUGCUGAUCCUAACACCAGCCCAGCUGAUACCGCUUUCCUCAGCCACACCACUGGUCACCACAGCAUGGCUAAUGGCUUCUCAGGGGGUCACCAGUCCCCUCCUCCAAGCCAGCAGGGCUACUACAAACUGGAGAGGGCAGGUCCUGUCACUGUCCUGUCCACAGCUACUGAUGGGGAUCUGGGCCACUCCGCAGAAUCAACUCCAUCCAAGAACAGCGUCAACAGCUUUCUGGAGUCUCCCAUGAGUUUUCUGGAUACCCCGACCAAGAACCUGCUCAAUACGCCUUCCAAAAAACUGGCUGAUCUUCCAUCCUGUCAGUGUGUGGAGCAGAUCAUUGAAAAGGAGGAAGGCCCUUACUAUACCCACCUGGGGGCAGGACCUAGUGUUCCUGCAGUGAGGGAACUGAUGGAGAACAGAUAUGGUGCCAAAGGAAAUGCAGUAAGGGUAGAAGUUGUUGUUUACACUGGGAAAGAAGGAAAGAGCUCCCAGGGGUGUCCGAUAGCUAAAUGGGUGAUCCGGCGUGGCAGCGAACAGGAGAAGCUGCUGUGUUUGGUGCGCCGGAGGCCCGGGCACCACUGUGACACUGCCGUGUUGGUGAUCCUCAUUCUGGCGUGGGAGGGAAUCCCUCGACCGGUGGCAGACAAUCUCUACCAGGAGCUCACACAGACCCUCUUUAAACACGGCUCCCCCACCAGCCGUCGCUGUGCCCUCAAUGAAGAUCGUACCUGUGCAUGCCAGGGUUUGGACCAAGACACCUGCGGAGCUUCAUUUUCCUUUGGCUGCUCCUGGAGUAUGUACUUCAAUGGCUGUAAGUUUGCCCGCAGCAAGGUGCCCCGCAAGUUCCGCCUGCAUGGAGACUACAGGGAGGAGGAGGAGAAGAUAGAGAGAAACCUUCAGGGUCUUGCCACUGAUCUCGCACCACUCUACAAAAGACUGGCCCCUGAGGCCUUCCAAAACCAGGUGGAAAAUGAGGCAGCAGGGAGUGACUGCCGGCUGGGUGUGAGGGAGGGACGUCCUUUUUCUGGGGUUACAGCCUGUGUGGAUUUCUGUGCCCACGCUCACAAGGACACUCACAACAUGAAUAACGGCAGCACUGUGGUUUGCACUUUAACCAAGGAAGAUAACCGUGCAGUGCGUAACAUACCAGAAGAUGAGCAGCUCCAUGUUCUGCCACUUUACAGGAUCUCUGAGAGGGAUGAGUUUGGUCAGGUUGAGAGCCAGUGGGCCAAAAUCCGAAGUGGUGCUCUGCAAGUUCUGUCUGCCUUUCCCCGAGAGGUGCGUCUACUGGCUGAACCAGUGAAAUCAGCCCGGAAGAUAAGGCAAGAGGCUCGUCUGAAGGCUCAAGCAGAUAAACUGGAGAAGAAGCUUGGGCUGACUCCUCUUACUCCUGGGAAAGUGAAAAGCGAAACCCCCAAAAAAGAGCCACAGGGCUUCUACAACUCAUACAGACUCCCACCCAGACCUGACAGCGUUGGACGGUACACACCGGAGGGGAAUCAAUCCAGCACUUACAACCAGAGCACCAGCAGCUACCCCACUCUGGGUGCAGAGGUCACCCCACAGAAGGAGGUCAUCUCCCCCAACCACCACGGCCUGCCUGGCCUCCAUUUUGGACAAAAUGGCUCAGCUCUUAAUUAUAGGACAAUGAGUGACGGCAUGAAUGGUUAUUCUCCAACAUCUGGCGACCAGAGUGUUCGUAUACCUCCACAUAAUGCCCUUAGAGACUACCCCCACACUUAUAAAACUGAGCCCCACGAGGUGCACUGCUCUCCUCUGAUCAGACCCUCCCCCAGUGGGAGUGCUCCUCCUCCCUCCUCCUUCUCCCCGAGACCUACCUCUGAGGGCCUCUACAGCAGGCUCAACGGACUCCACAGGGCUGCAGAAGAUGUGGCGGCAGAGGUCAGGGGUCAUGGCCUCCCUCCGCUCUCAUCUCUCCCCCUUCCCCCACAGACUCCCCCGCUUGAACCAGAGGAACUUAAGCAAGAAGAGGUGUGGUCAGACAGCGAGCACAACUUCCUGGACCGUAACAUAGGCGGAGUCGCCGUGGCACCGUCACACGGCUCCAUCCUGAUAGAGUGCGCACGGCGGGAGCUCCACGCCACCACCCCUAUCCUCAGGCCAAACCGCAGCCACCCCACCCGCAUCUCCCUGGUCUUCUACCAGCACAAGUCUCUAAAUGAACCAGGCCACGGGAUGGCUAUGUGGGAUGCCAAAAUGGCCAAGCGGGAACGGGAGCGGGAGGAGGAGGCUGAGAGAUUAAGGAUGGAGGAAUGCCUGAAUGGCAUAGGAGCUGGAGGUGGGGAGCUACAGGAAGAGAUAGGGGAGGAGGCGGAGGAGGCGAGGAGGAUCAUGAAUGUCCCGACACGUCAAGCGUGGACUCUCCCGAGGGAUGGUGUCGUCACCGUGUCCCCUUAUGCUCUUACGCAGGUGACGGGACCCUACAAUCGCUGGACUUAGUCAACAUGUUUUACACACACUCACACACACACACACACACACACACACACACACACACACACACACACACACACACACACACACACACACACACACAUACACACACACAGACAACUCCUACACCUUGUGCUUCUGCCUUACCUCAAUCCACUUCAAACUGCUACUCUCAUUUUUACAUCGUGUUCAUUGUGCUUUUCUAGUAUCUGUUUGUUGACUUUGCCCUUCUUCAUCUCUGCCUUCAAAAGUGAUGAGGAAGACCAGAGUGUGUUGGCUUUUUAACUGUGAGUUUCUGUGUUUUUAUUGUAAAGAGAUGGUGCUUUGAAGCAUUUUUUUAAAAGUUUUUAAUCUGGUUUUAUACACAUGAUUAAGAACAAAAAAGAUGUGAUUAUUUAUUCUGAUCAUAACGAUUUCUAUUUAAUUCCUGGUGUAAGCCUGUUUACUGCAAGAUUUCUAUGAUAACCUGCAUUAUGUGUUGACGCUCAGAAUUUAUGUUGUACAGUAUGACUCUGCUCUUUAUUUCAGCCAAAAGUUUGCUUUUCAUCAGAUGAAUCUCAUUGGCUUUUACUUUGGUGCCAUUCUUACUGUAACCUCUCUGUUAAACACCAUUACAUCACAUAAUGUAGAAAGCAAAACUAAUAUUGUGCAUAUAUUUACUACAGAUUGUCACAUGUAGCAUUGUGCUUUUUCUUCUACUGCUUCAGACUUCUGUUGGCAGAAGAAGAAAGAAAAAGACUUACUUGUUUUUUUGUUUGUUUUUAUUUCUCUUUAUUUUGUCUUUUAUCCACAGAUAUGUAUGGCAUAUUACAGUAAGAAGCACUUUUUAUUUUCCUAAACUUAACUUGAAAAAGGACCCAAUCCAUAGGCCUGAUUAUGUAUGUACAGAUAGAGAUAUUCAGUAUAUGAAAGUUUAGCAUGAACCCGGUUUUAUUUUUACAGUAUUUCUGCAUUUAUGGGAUUUUUCAUCCAUUUGAUUGAAAAUGGAAUACAUAUCUAAUGGAAUUCAAAAUGUAACAUAAUAAGGAAUCAUGAAAUGCUACAACAAUUAGGUGCUUAUUAUUUUUGGCACUUAACUCCUCUUCACCUUCUGAAAAAGGAAUUGGAAAAUUAUUUCAUAGGGCACAAGUGUGAUUAUAGGAUUUUAAAAAAUGUUGAUGGUGCUAUUAAGACCUCCGUCUUUCACAGAAAUCCCAAAGUGUCAGAUAUGUCAUCAGAAUAUUACCAGUUUUUAUGUCCAUACUCUGGAUUUUAAUUCAAAACUGUGUCAGCUGAAUUUUACUAUUUCUUCUUUUUCCUUUUUCCUGCUUUUGUUGGAAAACCACUCAUACAUCAAAUCCCACUUAUAUAAUUGCCUAAGACGAUUUCUGGUGCUCGACCCUUGUGAAGACUUUGUUUACAGAUGAUAGCUUUUUAUUUACAUGGUCUAAAUAAGGAGGUUGGUAUCAACUCCUGGUGAAUAAGAUCUUUAUUUUUUAUUACCCAUGAAAUAGAAGCUCUUUAUUUCAAGAACUCAUUAAUGAAACUUCAGCACAACCGACAUCACUGAUAUUCACACUAACACUGGUGGUAUAAUGUUUUCAUGUGAGAAACAUUUUGGUCUUGAACACACUUUGACUUCCUUUUGGUGCUAAUAGGACAAGAUGUCAAGGAACAUGCAUUGACUUGACCAGGUUAUUUACUGUACAGUGAUGGCAUGGUGCUUUUAUAAAACUCAGCACACACUGAACUGGUAUAUGUUUCAGUGCAAAGGUAGUUUUGUAAUUUAUCUGGAUGAUUACUGGCUGACAGACUGAGGUGCUUUGCUAUCUCCCAGCAUUGAUCAUGAUGUUUUUCAAGUUCCAGUGAAAAGCGAAUUAUUGUGCAGAUGUCCAUAUAGAGUUAAAGAAAAUGUCUUCCACGGAUAACCAAAAUCUGUAACAAUUAUCAAAACACAUCAUGCUCACAAAAUGAAAUGAAUGUAAACCGUUUUUAAAUCACUUGAUUUAUAAAGAACAUUUUUGAACACAUGACAUGAAAAAGUUACAGUUGUAAAAAAAUGUCUUUUGAUUUACUGUGGGGGACGUACUCAGUCCACAAUGAAAGUCUUUGUAUCAACUAGCACCAGCAUUAAAAAAUCUGAAAAAAACCCUUUUAUUAGUAGAAAAUGUGUAAAUAUGUAUGUGAACCAUAUUGUUUUUACUGUACUGUUAAUGGUGUUUAGACAAUGGAUGAUCUUGCUUAUUUUGAAACUGAAUUACUGUAUGUUGCUCAAAGUAUAUCCAGUUUAGACUUGAGAAGAGACUAAAUUUAGCAUUCCUUAUGUGGAUGGCUAAUCUCUUUUUGAGAUUGUGAAAUAAAGUCAUAUUUAUAUUUUGGACCUGAA